AUGACUGUCUCAAAUAUAAAUUUUCAAAUACGGAAAUUCCUCGCGGGAGUCUUACUUUUAAAUCCGAUACAAAUAGCAUAUUCUGCUCCAGCUCGUUCAUCAAAAAAUAAUUGGGUUUUUUGGUACUACGUAAAUGAUGGUCAGAAUAGAGAUUGUGCUAAUUAUUGUAUUCUUACUUUCUCAAUUGUAGGAAUUAUAAUUUUAAUAUUGAUCUUAUGUGGUUGUUGGAGUUGUUAUCGUAUAAAGAAACGAUCUAAAGAAGAUUACAAUGAUAGAAUUAAACGAAGUGAAAGUAUGUCAGAAGUCCGCUGA